AUGGCUUCCUCCCUGCCUGACGAAUAUGGCUUUUACUUCCAAGACAAGGCCAUCUUCCUGACUGGUGCCACUGGGAAUCUGGGGUCAUGCAUUCUCUACAGGCUGAUCACGCAACUGAAGCCCAAACGAGUAUUCGCUUUCGUACGGGACUCGCGGACCCAGGCCAUAGAGAAGCUACGGAACAAGAUGCUUGGCUACGCAGAUGUGCUAUCCCAGAGCGACUCGAUACACUACGCUGUCGGCGACCUUCGCCUCCCUGGGCUAGGCGUUGACCGGACAGCCCGGCAAGUGCUGGAAGACGAGGUGAACAUUAUUAUCCACACGGCAGCCAACCUAUCCCUUCUCGACCCCGUUGCAGAUUGCAUGAAGAAUCACUGCGACCCGACUCUGGAGCUUGCACGAAUGGCGACUAGGUUCAAGAAGCUGCAAAGAUUUGUCUACGUUUCGUCAGCCUAUGCCAAUUCGUUCCUCCCCGACGGACUGGUUGAGGAGAAGGUAUACCCGCUCCUAGACUCAAGCGGUGAGGAUAUCGACCCAGAGUUCGAGCGGGAGGAGAUCGACCAAACCGACAGUUCCUCAUUCACCAAACCAUUCGCAUGGCCUUAUGCGCUGUCCAAGUAUCUCGCCGAACGCAUCUCGCUAACCCGAUACUCCUCGCUUCCGCUGCUCAUUGUGCGUCCCAGCACGAUCGGGCCGGCGCUUCAGACACCAUUCCCGCUUUUCGGAACCGUGGAAUCAUGUCCUAUGCAGUAUGCGGCCAAAAUCUAUCUCCGCGACCCGCAGGCAAGUCGGGUAUGGCAUGCACCAGCAGGUGCAUCAUCGGGCACCAACGUCCUGGACGAGAUACCGGUCGACUAUGUGAGCAACGCACUACUUCUACACGUCGCAGCAGAGUCAUACGGCAUCGUCCAUGCUACAGCACGCAACUAUGCGCAGCUGACCGUGAACGACACACUCAUGCAUCUCAUGCAUGCUGGAGGCAGUGGCGCGUCAGAGGACAUCGACAUUGAAUGGAUCAGCCCCAAGACCGGCCCACAGUGUGCAUUAGCGAACCUCUUCGUGGUGGGCAAUCGAGAUUGGGACUUCUCUUGUGCGCGAUCGGAAGCGCUGAUGCAGGACGCGAACCUCGCGGGGUCUUCGUGUUACCAAGGAGCUGGCGUGUGCUUUCAAUCAACAACGUUCGCUCGCUCUAAAAGAAGAGGUGAAGGCUGA